UACAGCUACACAUUGUCAAUCACGGAAAGGCUAAUUCUUUGGCUGAUAGAAAUGAGACUGGGGAUUGUGAGGCACGCUGCAGUGCAUCCAGUGCCUUAACUCCCUUAGAGCCGCGGUCUUUCAGCACUCCAACAAAUUCAUGUUUCAUGGCUGGCCUCGCUGAAUGUUCAAGAUGGGAAAUGCUUUUUCAGGAGAUCCAGACCGAUGAACUCGGUACUUGCAGUCGAGGCUUCACAGUCUUCACGUGCUCCCUCGAAGGCGGCGCUGGUUGCACACAGAUCACACAUCGCGAGGUCUGCGACUUUGGGACACAGCACCAGCCAGAGUUGUCUUCAAAGUAUUCAGGUCCAAGCGAGAGGACCAGUUUCUUCGGAGGUUACGAGAGCAUCCGACAUUCGGAGGAUGCAUUACAAGGCAUUUGCAAUGUAAGCAUGAGUGUAUUUGCUUUGUUUUUGAGCAUGUUGCCCCUUGUCACCGAGCGGAGCUGUGAUGUAACGCUGGGGAACCGGCUGCUCCUCUUUCUCAUGAAAAUGAAGCUCGGGUUGAGCUACACUGCUCUUGGUGUGAUUUUUAGUGUCGAUAGAACUACAGCAUCGCGCCACUUCCGAGCUGUGCUGACAACGUUGACUGCUGCGACAGCGAGGUGGAUUUUUCGGCCUCCCUCUAGCAUUAUUCGAGCUACGUUGCCAGAGUGUUUUAAAGUCAACUACCCUGAAUGCAAAAUGAUCAUUGAUUGCACCGAAGUAAGAACAGAGGAGCCAAGUAGUGUUGGCCAGCAGCGCGUGCUGUACUCGAGCUACAAGAGUGGCUACACUCUCAAGUUUCUGGUCGCUGUAACCCCUAAUGGGGCUAUUUGUUUCCGUUCGAAGGCAUACGGAGGCCGAUGCUCCGACAUCCAUGUUACGGUGGACUCUGGGUUCUUAAACAUUGUGCAGCCGGGAGACGUAAUUCUGGCUGACAAAGGUUUUCCGGGCAUCAGGGCAGGUCUGGCAGACACCGAUGCGGUGCUCGUGAUGCCACCUUUUUUAUCGGGGAAUGGACAGUUUAGUGAGCAAGAAGUGCGCGACACUUAUGACAUUGCCCAGGUCCGAAUUCACGUGGAGCGUAUGAUACAGCGAAUUAAGAUAUACAAUAUCCUCAGGACAACGGUGCCCAUUACUCUGAUCCCCCUGAUGGAUGAUGUUUUCCACAUGUGCUGUGUGCUGGCAAAUUUGCAACCUGCCAUCAUCAAGCCACAGGAAUAAGCGGCAGUAUGUGUAGGCCCAUUCAGACGAAUGGCAAGGCUUGGUAUGUGGCUCCAAUUUCUCGUAUGGGGGUCGACUCUUCCUGGGUACCAGCGUAGGCUCCAACGAGCUUGAGUAUCACUUAGAGCGGUAAACCGCAACCCAGGGCCUACAAUGGAAAUGGCACCACCCCCCCCCCCCCCUGGUUGCCGCCAUCUUACCCAAUUGCCACAUUAGUGAUCACGUGAAACUAAGAUGGCUGCGCCCAGAGGUGGGCCAGGUCAGAUUGGCCAGAUCACGGUAAGCAGAGGGGACCUCUGAGGCUGCGUUCGAAUCUUACUUGAAUGGAUCCGCAUUAUUCCGGUGGGUCAUGUCACGUGACAAGACUGAUAGAGCAACUGGACGCGGGUAGGUUUUCGAACGCCAAGGUACAGAACAUUUACCCUAGAGCGAGAUCAAGUGAAUUUUGGACUGCGGCCCUGCUUAUUGUAAUCUGGCCAAUCUGAUCUGGUGCACCUAUGGGCGCAGCCAUCUUAAAGUCACGUGAUCACUAAUGUGGCAAACG